CCGCACCUUCCUCACAACGAUGUUCAAGCAGUUCACCCAGCCGCUGGUGGCUUCGGCCAACCAGGGCGAGGCCCAGCCUCGUCGCGCCAUUGCCGCGGCCCCUGUCGAGGGCAAGUGGGACGCGCGCUACUCACACGCCAUCCCCCACGACAACGCGUACUACUUCAAGUGCAUGAUUGCCGGUGUUCUGUCGUGCGGCCUGACCCACACUGCUAUCACCCCUCUGGACGUGACCAAGUGCAACAUGCAGAUCAACCCCGGCAAGUACGGCGGUCUGGUCAGCGGCAUGAAGACCAUCGCUGCUGAGGAGGGUGCUGGUGCCCUUUUCAAGGGCUGGGCUCCCACUCUCAUUGGCUACAGCCUGCAGGGCUUCUGCAAGUUUGGCUUCUACGAGAUCUUCAAAGAUUUCUACGCCAACAUUGUCGGCGAGGAGAAGUCGAUCGAGUACCGUGGCAUGCUCUGGCUCGCCGCCUCUGCCUCGGCCGAGUUCUUUGCCGAUAUCGCCCUCUGCCCCAUGGAGAUGGUCAAGGUCAAGGUCCAGACCUCCCCCCACGGCACCUUCCCCACUGCCCUCGGCCCCGCCGUCUCGACCAUGCAGGCCAACGCUGCCGACACUCGCUUCCCCUUUGGUUCCCUUGUGCCCCUCUGGAGCCGUCAGAUCCCUUACACCAUGGCCAAGUUCUACUUCUUCGAGAAGGUUGUUGAGCUCUUCUACGCCCACGUCUUCACCCGCCCCCGUGAGACCUACUCCAAGGGCGAGCAGCUCGGUGUCACUUUCCUCUCCGGUUACACUGCUGGUGUCAUUUGCGCCAUUGUCUCCCACCCCGCUGAUACUCUCGUGUCCCUCCUUGGCAAGUCUGAGAACAAGGGCAAGGGCUUCGGCCAGAUUGCCUCCGAGUUCGGCUAUGCUAACCUGGCCACCAAGGGUCUGACCACCCGUAUCCUCAUGAUCGGUACCCUCACCGGUCUUCAGUGGUGGAUCUACGACACCUUCAAGACCGUCUUUGGCAUGGGCAGCAGCGGUGGUGCGCCCAAGAAGUAAACGUCUGACUUCUCAGCCGUCGUGCCUGCUCUCCACAUACUCUUGUGACCACAACUUUCCUUUUUUUUUCGUGUUGUCGUUUUCGUUUUCGUCACAGGUUUGCCAUGUAGAUUGCUCCACGAGUUGUUUCUACCCCCUCGUUUUUUCUUGCAUGAGCCACCAUGUUUUUUUGGGGCAUGAGUGGUUCUCCCGCAUCGCGGUCUUCGCCCACUGUGAAUGGGUCCAUUUCUCUGAGCUGGCGCGAUUAGAUCUGCAAUUGAUCACUCGUGACUCUC